UUAUGCGUAGAAAGGAUCCGAUAGAGGGCAUUCGUCGCGUGCAUACGCAAUCGUGUCUCCACCUAACGCGAAGGCGACACCAAAUUGUCGUUUACGUUCCAAAAAGUAACAAUCGUUAUAGUGUGUACUUUUCGUUAGACUUUCAUCGGAACCAACUAACCUACCUGUCAUGAAGACUUAAAUGGCGUUGGCAUCAAGACCUGUUUGCCGUUUUGCUCGCUGCCAAUCGUUCGAACAGAGACACGAAAAUUUCAAUUGCCAAAAAGAUGACAGCUGAUUCAGAAAAAGAUAGUACUCACUGUUUAAUAUGUAACAGUAAAGUUGGUGUAUCUACUAGGAAUAGUAUACGUAUUUUUAAUGAAAAUUCUGUCACUUCAUCAGAGAAACCACUUUUAGAUAUCAUUUGUACUGUCUUAGAAACAGAUUUGAAUGAAGAGAAUGUACAUUCUCUUGUCAUAUGUAAAAAGUGCUAUAAAUUAUUUAAUGAAAUUGAUGAACUUGAAAGUCGACUGACAGAGGUAAAACUAGAGUUGUUCAAUAACUAUAAAAAAACUAUUAAAAAAAUAUCCGAUAUUCAAAAUGAAGAAGAAUAUAAUGAUCACGAUUAUAUAGAAAACACAGAAAGUCAAGAUACAGAUGGAGAAAUUAAAUAUAUGCAAAAGGAUGACUUAGAAAUGCAAGAGAUGGAAGGAGAGGAAAGAUUAGAAGAAGAAGAUGAAGGUAUGGAACCUUCCUGUGAAUCGGAGGAAAUUAUUCUCAAAGUUGAACCUAUAGCAGAAACAAGCAGCAGUGAAGAAAGAAAGAGGAUAAGACGGACAAAAGUUACAACAAAAAUUGAACCUCCACAGGAAAGAAUUGUAACUAGAGAUGGUUCUAUAUAUACUUGUUUGUUAUGUCCAAACGAUGAAGAUAAAGCAGUAGGAGAUGCAAAAUCUAUUAUUGCACAUGUGAGGAGUGUGCAUGAAACUCGUUUAUAUAUUUGCGACAUAUGUGGAGAUGAUUUUAAAAAGAGGAAUGAACUAUCUGUUCAUCUUGAUGAUCAUGUUGCUAAAGAGGAAGGAGAUUUUCAGUGUGAAAUAUGUAAUAGAAUAUUUAGUAAUUUGCGCUUAUUUAGGAUUCACAAAAGAAUACAUUAUCCACAAGUGAAAUCUUGGCCAUGUGAAACUUGUGGUAAACGAUAUAGUUCCAGAAACUUGCUAGAGGAACAUAUCAAUACACAUACAGGUGUACGUCCAUAUGUAUGUGAAAACUGUGGUAAAGAUUUUGCUUCAAAAUAUACGUAUAAAGCACAUGUAAAAACACAUGAAGUUCGACCUCGUCCUUAUGAGUGUUCACAAUGUAAUAAAACAUUUUUAAGUCAACAAAAUCUUAAUCAGCAUGAAAGAACACAUAAUGGUGUAAAGGAAUAUGUUUGUCAUCAAUGUGGAAAAGCAUUUGGUUCACCACAUAAUUUGGAAGUACACAAUAUAGUACAUACAGGCUACAAACCAUACAUAUGUAGAGUAUGUGGUAAAGCAUUUGCCCGUAAAGCUGAAAUAAGGGAUCAUGAAAGAACACAUACUGGAGAAAAACCGUAUCAGUGUGAAUUUUGUGGAGCUACAUUUAGUCAACGAUCAAAUUUACAAUCUCACAAGCGUGCAACACAUUAUAAUGAUAAGCGGUACAAAUGUGACGAUUGUGGAAAAGGUUUUAAACGGCGAAGAUUAUUAGACUAUCAUAUAAAAGCAGCCCAUACUGGUGAAAGACCAUAUAAAUGUGAUAUAUGUACAGCAACAUUUGUGUAUCCUGAACAUUUCAAGAAGCAUAUGCGCAUACAUACUGGAGAAAAACCUUAUCUCUGUGAGGUUUGUGGCAAAGCAUUUAACAGUCGAGACAAUAGAAAUGCACAUAGAUUUAUACACAGUGAUAAAAAGCCGUAUGAAUGUUUAGUAUGCGGAAUGGGUUUUAUGAGAAAACCUUUAUUGUAUGCUCACAUGCAAACUCAGGGUCAUUUAAAUGACACCAUUGUAGUUAAUCAACCACGGUUGACUACAGAAGAUGAUCAAGUUAUAACAAUUUCUGAUGGUAAUGUGGAACUUUUAGUGGAUGAAGCAGAAAAUGAUCAGUUGGAUGAAACUGAAUUAUAUGUGACAGAAUUAAAAGACCAUGUUAUUAUACAGCAACAAAACGAGGAUCAAAUUUAUAACGAAGAAGAUGUAUUAAAUAUUCCGACAGAAGAAAGUGUUGCAGAUGAGGAAGUGAAUCAUCUCGUUGACGGAGAGAUGAAUUUCACUGAAAAUGAAGUAAUGGAGUGCAAGGCUGAGGACUCGGAACAGGUAGAAGAGGUGUACAAUUAUAAUGAAACUGAAGAUGGAGAAACAAUAGUUGUACCAAAUACUUCUGAGUACAAGGAAGUGGAAGAAGAUAAAAAUCCUGUUCGAUUAGUCCAAAUUCGAUUUCCAACAUCAGUUGGUGGGGAAAGUCGAAGUUGGUUAAGCUUAGUACAAAACACGUGA